UCGAUUGGUCCUCUGGUCCGAGGCUGCGGUGAAACUCGACCUCAAACAGGAGAGGGAUUCUCUCCAAUUCAAAGCCAGACAGAUCGCUUCCCAGCACAGCACCUACGUUGGCAUCACUUACGAGUACAAGGACGUGAGCACUGGAAGAGUCGGGAACUAUUUCGACCUCGUUCUUCCCGAUGGCUCCAUUGGAUUUAGCUACAGGAAAGCCCACUUGGUUCCAUUGGUAUGGAACUCCAGGGGAUCCCAUUCUUCCUGUCAUCAAGACCGAUCUCGGCCGGAUUGGAGGAGCUAUUUGUUACGAUUUCGAGUUCCCAGACCUGAUGCGCCAGGCCGGGAAAAAGAGGAUUGAUAUCAACCGCGACUUGGGGAGCAAGCAGUCCCCGGGCGAAAGAGGCCGAUGCUUUCCGUGUCGUGGAGAAUGGCUUCAGUUGGUUUCGAUGCUCCACGGGAGGCGUUUCAGCGGUUGUAGAUCCAUCUCUCCAGACAUUCGAUUACAGGGAAGGUAUCACCGACUCGGUCUUCGCCAUGGCGCUCCCAGUACUCAGGAAGGCCUGGACGCUUUACAGGCUACGGCUUUCGUUUCGCUUGGCUAGUGGCAGCACUCGCUGCGGUACACGUCUCCAUGCUCUGCCUCCCUCUUGGAGCAGUGAUGUAUAUCCUUGACACGUCCCCUCCCGCCUUUGUGUUCUACAUCACUGGUGACCGAUCCUUCAAGGAGUUUGAGAGGUCGGAGCUACAUUGCGUGCCGUUGUCAGAGGAAUCAAACGUGCUUGUCUAAGAUUCUUGUGAAGCCCAAUCUGUAAGGAAGUGUAUACAAAACAUGGGUGAUAUGGACGUAGCACUUGCAUUGACUUAA